AUGUUGCACGUUGAGGCUUUGGAUGAUAUUUUCAUGUACGUUAAGCGUGGCCAGAGCAAUCGCGCAGCCAACAUGACGUACGACGUUGGGAUACAGUUAUUGCGCGAGAAGUACAAUGGGUCGACCUUGCAGCUACAGCGACCAGCGAGUGGUACUCGGAUCAUCUGCCACGGGCUGUCUGCCAAGCCAAUGCGUGUGCUGUUGCAAGCCCUUUGUCUUGUCGCGCCGCCUGCUACCAGGUGUAACGGGCCACCCUGA